AUGGUGCCACCUCAGCAGGAAAACCAACUUAUAGGACAGUCUGGUCAGAUGGAGAUAACAUCACCUGUUUAUAGCAAUACCAGAUCACCAGCCAGUAGGAUGCAUAUCCAGGAACAACCACAAAGUAGUCAAGUAUCAGGAAAACAUCUACCAGGUUUAUCACCUCAGAUGAUACCCUCUUCUCCAUCUCAACCACAGUCUAUUCCUCAAUCAUCCACUCCUCAACCACAGUCAAACCAAACUCUUAUCCAGCAGCCUCCAAGAGCAGCCUCGGUACCAGGAACAACAAGAAGUCGCCCGAGCACUCCUUCUACUCCUCAAAGUUUCCAGAAACAGCUGCAACAUCUUCAGGAAAGUCAACAAAAGCAACAGCAAUCAAAGCAGAUAGGCUCUCCAUUUUCUCAAGUUUCAACUCCUCAAGGAUUUUCUGUUACCAGCAACUCUGAGGGAGUAGCUUCUAAAAAGGACAUAAUGUGUACCGUGACUUGUUCUAGCACAACACAAAACGUAUCUAAGACAGACUCUCCCUCCAUUACCAGUGCCCCAAGUGUCCAAGUAACCACUUCUGCUACUUCAGAAAUCAAAAUGGAAGUAGACACCACUGAAAUCAAAGAAGGGAAAGCUGAGAUAAAACAGGAUUCUAAGACUCCAAAAUGUGAAAAGGGUAUAAAAGUUGAAAUAAAACAAGAGCCAAUUGAUGAUAGUUCUACUUCGGGAUACGUUAGCUCUGAAUGUUCUGCAACUAUGAAAGAAGAGCCAGUUUCGGUAAAAGAAGAGUCAUCGACCCCUGUGUCCAGUGCAAAUAAUGGAGAACUGCCAAAUUUAACCAGUGAUGUCAAACCAGAUCUGUCAGAAGCUGCUCAACCACCCCCCAAACCAAAACCCAACAAAAAAGUUUUCAAGCCUGAUGAAUUACGUCAAGCUCUAAUGCCUACACUGGAGAAGUUGUAUAGACAAGAUCCUGAAUCGCUACCUUUCAGACAACCAGUCGAUCCACAGCUACUGCAGAUCCCAGACUACUUUGACAUAAUUCGGAAACCAAUGGAUUUAUCAACUAUUAAACGGAAACUAGAUACCGGACAGUACCAAGAUCCAUGGCAGUAUGUGGAUGACUUAUGGCUGAUGUUUGAUAAUGCCUGGUUGUACAAUAGGAAAACAUCCCGUGUUUAUAGAUAUUGUACAAAGCUCGCAGAAGUUUUUGAGCAAGAAAUAGACCCGGUCAUGCAAUCCCUUGGUUAUUGUUGUGGCCGGAAGUAUGUUUUUCAACCUCAAGUCUUGUGUUGUUACGGCAAACAACUUUGUACCAUACCAAGAGAUGCAAAAUACUGGAGUUAUCAAAACAGGUACACCUACUGUCAGCGAUGUUUUGCUGAGAUUCAAGGUGACACUGUAACACUAGGUGAUGACCCAACAGCACCUCAGACUACAAUUCCCAAGGAUCAGUUUGAAGAAAUGAAAAAUGAUCAUCUCGAAAUAGAACCAUUUGUUGAGUGUAUGGAAUGUGGAAGGAAGCUUCAUCAGAUUUGUGUUGUAUAUUCUGAGAACAUUUGGCCUGAAGGGUUUGUUUGCGAUAAUUGUUUAAAAACUCAGGGGAAGAAGAGAAAAGAAAAUAAGUUCUCCAGCAAGA